CACACACACACACGCCGCCUCGGCUUCAUUUGAGACACAAAGACGCUCUCACACACACACACUCUGUCACACACUCGUCCUUGAUCAUUGUUCCUCUGCGGAUCUUUUCUCUCGGUCGCCGCGGCGAUGGACGGCGCUCGGACAGUGCUGCUGCUGUCCUGCUGGCUGUGGUGCGUUCAGGGCCUCCAGGUGGACGUGUCCCCCCGCCGGCCGCUCUUCCCGCUGGGCUCCCGGCGCCGCCUGCUGUGCUCGGCCCGCGACUGCGACGCGCCGCCGCCGCACGUGGCCUGGACGCCGCCGGGCGACCGGCCGCUGGGGGGCGCCGUGGAGGCCGGCGACGGCGGGGCGGCCGCCGCCGUCACCUUCGACCCCGUGGCCGCCGAGCACGAGGGGGCGCUGCAGUGCCGCGUCGUCUGCGGAGACCAGAUCAAACACGUCACCGUCCGGGUCCGGGUCUACGCCCUCCCCUCCCCCCCCCUGGUCUCGGGGCUGGACCGGCUCCUGUCGGGCUCGGAGGCGGUCCUGACCUGCCGGGCCCCCGGGGCCCACCCUGAGGACCGGGUGCGGCUGUCCUGGCUCCGGGGGGGGCGGGAGGUUCAAUCCGGGUCCGAGUACCGCUUCGGGGUCUCCCGGGACGACCGGGGGGCCGAGGUCACCUGCAGGGCCUCGCUGGACCUGGACCUGGGGGGCCCCGAUCAGAACCUCACCAGGGAGACCACGGUCCGCCUGGAGCCGCUGGCCCCGCCCACCCCGCCCUCCCUGCUCCUACUUCCUGGUCCGGACGUCCUGGAGGGAGGCCAUGUGACCCUCAGCUGUCAGUCAGACGGAGCCCCGCCUCCCACGCUGGUGCUAAAGAGGGAGGGGGCGGAGCUUCGCCGGGCUGGCCCCGCCCCCUCCUCCUUCACCUCCUCGCUCUCCUUCAACUUCACGGCCGCCCCGGAAGACUCCGCCCACUACACCUGCGAGGCCACCAAUCAGUUGGGGUCAGAGGUCGCCACGGCAACCGUCAACGUCAGAGCCCACCCCCUCCAAUUGGACGCCUCCCCCGAGCUGUGGGCCGAGCUUGGCUCGGCCCUGCUCCUGUCCUGCCGGGCGUCGGGUUGCGAGGAGCCGCCGGAGCUCACCUGGUCCCGGUCGGACCCGGACCAGGACCCGGACCGGGACCAGGACCGGGUUCUACAGACGUCCCGGGAGCCCGACGGGCGCUCCCAGCUCCGGGUGGGUGACCUGGGCCCCGAGCAGCGGGGGGGCUUCGCCUGUCGGGCCCGGUGCCAGGGCGUGACCCGGGAGAGGUUGGUCCGGGUGCAGGUCUAUGCCUUCCCGUCCGACCCGGUCCUCUCUGGCCCCGCCCCCUCCCCCCUCCUGAUUGGCCGGCCGUCCUCCCUGCUCUGCGUGGCUCCCUCUGUCCUCUCGCCCAAUGGGGCGCGGCUGCGCUGGCUGUGGGCGGGGCUUACCCUGGCCUCCCGGACCUUUGAGUUCUCCGGACAUCCCAGGAAUCUGUCGCUGGAGCUCCAACUCCAGGUGGAUCAGGGUCCGGCUCAGGAUCAGGACCAGAUCCAGGAUCAGGUCCGGGUCCGGGUCCGGCUUGGGGACCCAGUGGAGCUGAGCUGCGAGGCGGAGCUGCUGGGCGACGACGGCGCCACCUGGAGGAGCAGGAGGAGAAGCGUGGAGCUGGAGGUCCAAGCCCCGCCCAUGCCGCCCUCCCUGCUUCUACUUCCUGGUCCGGACGUCCUGGAGGGAGGUCAUGUGACCCUCAGCUGUCAGUCAGACGGAGCCCCGCCCCCCACGCUGGUGCUGCGGAGGGAGGGGGCGGAGCUUCAGCGGGCUGGCCCCGCCCCCUCCUCCUCCUCCUCUGUAUUGACCUUUAACCUCUCCUCGGCCGCCCUGGAAGACUCCGCCCACUACAGCUGCGAGGCAGCCAAUCAGCACGGGUCCAAGAUGGCGGCCGUCACGCUCCGGGUCAAAGCGCCCCCCAGGAACACCAGGGUGCUGGUGCUGCCCUCUGCCGUAGUGCCCCUGGGCCACAACGUGACGGUGUGGUGCCGCAGCGCCGGCUGGCCGCCGCCCGCCCUCACCCUCACCCGAUUGGCCGACGGCGCCCGGCUGCCCCGCCCCCCCGGCGGCGACGUCGACGGCGGCUUCCUAUUGGUCGACGUGCGGCCCGAGGACGGCGGGCGCUACCGGGUCAACGCCAGCAACGAGCUGGGGUCAGAGGUCACCCACUUCAGGAUCACCGUCACCGGUCCCGGCCCCGGCCCGCUCCUAUUGGCCGUCCCGGCCGUCUGCGCGCUCGCCGCGCUGCUAGCUAGCGCCCUGCUGCUGGAAUACCUGCGGAGGUCCCGGAAGAAAGGCUUCUACCAGCUAGCGCCUAGCGGGCUGGAAAGGCGCUAGCGCGACAAGCUAGCGAACCCCCCCCCCCCCCCAGGACUGUGACCACGAUCGGCUAACGUUAGCAUGAUGCUAACGUCCUCUGAAUGAUUGGAUAUGAGGUGGCUAGCAAGCUGCCAGCGUGUGGAUCCUACAUGCUAGCAUGAUAGCAGCUGCUAGCUACUUGUUAGCAUGUUGGAGGCUACACAAUGCUAGCAUGUAUCGCCAACAUGCUAAAAAGUCACUAGCAUGCUCAUUUGUUAACAUUUGAGUGGAAUGCUAGCAUAGCAUUUAUUACCAUGUGGCUCCAACAUGCUAGCAAGUGGCUAGCAGUUGCUACCAUGCUAGCAUGUCAGAGCUACGUGUAGAGCUAAGUCAUGCUAACAUACUGACCUGUUAGCAUGUUAGCAUGCUAAUAUGCUAGCCGAUAGCUGUCAGCCUGUAUCUCAUCAUGCUAACAAGCUAGCAGCUAGCUGUUAGCCUUUAUGUCAUCAUGCUAACAUGCUAGCAGCCAGCUGAUUUUCAUGAAGCUAAUAUGCUAACAUGCCAGCUCUUAGCCUGUAUGCUAACAUGCUAGCAGCUAGCUGUUAGCCUGUAUCUACAUCUUGCUAAUAUGCUAGCAGCUAGCUGUUGGCCCGUAUCACGUUGACGCUAAGAUGCUAGCUGUUGGCAUGUUUCUCCACAACGCUAACAUGCUAGCAGCUAGCAUGCUAGCUGCUAAC